AGUCACGCACUGUCGAAUUCUCAACACAGCCAGUCUGAUCAAAGGAAAAACUUUGCCAAGAAAACGUUUCUAAACGCAAGAACCCCUGUCACCAGCGCUGCAAUACCUCUUGAGUCCCACCAGACAUCAUGUAUCGCUAAUCUAAGGAACAGAAGUGGCAGCAAUGGCGUUUCUAUUACAGAAAAUCUGGAUUUUUGUUCUGUUGUGGUUGGUGUUGUUUCUCACCACGAACGGCGCAAUCGAACCCAGAUGUCGUGGAGCGUUCGACAUUUACUUCAUUCUCGACAAAUCCAGUAGUGUUCCUAUCUAUAAUUUCCAGCAACAGACGGUUAACUUUGUGGAAAAUAUCACCAAUAGCUUUAUCAGCCCACAGCUUCGAAUAUCUUUUAUCACGUUUUCUGAUGCCGAUGCAAGUGAGAUUAUACUCGGACUGACAAGCGACAGGACUAGAAUUGCUGAAGGUCUCGAAAACUUGAGGCAAGUCCGACCAAAAGGCGUCACGUAUAUGGCAACUGCUCUUAAAAAGGUUACUGAGCAAAUUGAGACAAUGGGUCAACAAGCGGCUAGUUUCCUUCUAAUCGUUACCGAUGGAGCCUUAAAUGAUCUUGUUGAAUCAGUUUCUUGGGCCAAUCGUGCUAGAGCGUUAGGGGCAUGGGUUCUAACUGUUGGUGUGGCUGCUUUUGAAAAGUAUCAAUUACAGCAGCUUGCCAACAAGCCUUCGUCGGAUUUCGUGUUCACAGAAGUGAACUUUGAUUCCCUUAAAAACCUUAUAGACGUUAUUGUUGAAAAAUCAUGCAUCGAGAUCGUGUCUGCGACUCCUACAGAGGUCUGCACCGCUGUGCCGUUCACAGUUACUCUUGAGGGACGUGGAUUCAACAAAACAGAUGACAUUACCCACGUGAUAUGUAGCUUCAGCUUUAACCGCACUUACCGAGAAGUUAAGAAGCCAAUCAGUGUGACUCCCACAAGACUGGAGUGUCCUGGAGUUAUGCUUAACACAACAGACAGGACAGCGGUCUUGCAGGUCUCCAUGAAUAACGGCCAGACGUUUGUUUCCAGCAACGUCACGCUUUCCGCGAUAUCGUGCGACGAGGCUACGAAAGUAAAACGUGAGGUUGAGCGCAGUAACCCAGGCGUCGCUGUGUUCCUUGUCCUGUUCUUGCUGUUCCUGUUAUUACUUGCUUUGUGGUGGUUCUGGCCACUCAUUCGCAAAAAGCAUCCACCGGUAAAGUAUGUGCCAGCAGCGUCCGCACCCCCACCCCCACGGCCACCUGAUCCCAAGAACCCGAAGAAAAAGUGGCCAACAGUGGACGCAUCUCUCUAUGGGGGAGGGGGAGUGGGGGGGAUUGCUCCCGUACGGGUUGACUGGGGAGAGAAAGGUUCUACUGAAGCCGGCAACAAACUCGCAAAGGCCAAGGGAGCCAAGGAAAAGUUUCCAAAAGAUGAUCCUGAAAAAGGCCCAGGGGGGUCCGGAGGGGCUAAAGGGGCUAAAGGGGCGGCAGCAGCAUCUCCCGGAUGUAUGGAUAUUGUUCGGGCAAAGCUGGCUGCCUGUGGUGCGGCGAUAGCGAGGGUUGGCGCCGCCAUAUCGCAAGCAUAUCACAAGGUUGCGGGCUACCGGCCACGCCCCGGCGGGAAUGUCCUUUAUUCAUCACCACCAGUGAAUGCGUGACGGAACAACAGCGUGACAGAAAGAUGGUCACGCACGAUAUUACGUUGGCAACGCCAUGAAGACAAGAAUAUGGAAUAAAGGACAUAGAAGAUAGCAGUACCUUACCACAUGAGUAGGGUGUUGUGUGACAGCAUGAUGUCGUGACGCGGCCCCGCGUGGUCAUGUCGCUGCUCCCCAUGGUAACGUGCGAAAUUUUCCAUUUUAGCAAAAUAUAAAAUGAAUUGGUAAAACGCCAUAAGGCUUUUAGUUAAGAUGCGUGUUUGCUUACAAUAAUAAAUUUUUUAGUAAGUUAUUCGUCUCUCGAUACAUAGCUGUGUUUUCAUUCACUUGCAUAUUAGGAAAAGUAGAUUAUAUUUUGAAUUGUAGUUUGAUAUCAAGGGCUAGCAAAGAGCAAAUGUUCGAAUGUAUCGAUCUGUUUUAUUUUUGUAGAAAAUACACCCGUUUCGUGAAAUAAACCGAAUAAUCUUACAACCACUAGCAGUCCCUGCUUGUGUAGGCUCGAUUUCUUGCUCAUUUCUGUGAGCCCGCGGUAUGUGCUGAGGUCUAGCGGUGGCUGGAAGCAGAGCCUACUGCCUGGGCAGGUUAGGGAAACCUUUGUACAAUACGAAAGGCUCGCUUUAUGUUCAUUUCCUUCCUGAGAAUGCAAAUAAAAUAGUCUUUGGAAAGCAAAA